AUGGAGCCAUGCAUCCAUGAUAUCAAGGGUCUUGGACAUUACACGAACAUAUAUGAGGUGCGUAGUAUUGUGCAUGCGUCGGAGGACGGAUCGGGAAUGACAUUUCAUGGCUACCAAUGGGUCGAAUCGGACCCAGCCCUCAACGACAAUCAACGGACUGCACUUUUGAAUGAAAAUGACGAUCUCGCAUCGACUUACCACGCUGGAAUAGAUUUGGAUGAGAGCAGUUUUGAUGAGAUUGAACGGCAAGAGUUGCGAGAUCACCUUGGCGAGAUUCCGGAGACGUUUCAUCGACGUCAACGACGUGAGGCGCUCUUCGGACCGUCUGUUGCCCGUGGUGGUUAUGCAGACACCUACGAAAGUAGCCAGCUUCUCCACCCUUGCCAUGAUAAGGGAGGCCAUGAUGAUACCGAUCAGAGCGACGAUUCCAAGGAAGAGGAAGAAGAAGAGGAAGAACAGGGUGGAGCCAAGAAAUGGUACCGUUGCUAA